GUCUCUUUGCCCUCCCGUUCCCUUUUCUCUGAGAGACUCUUCUUCUCUCGACCAAGCAUGGCGGCGCGCACCCGCCGGCGCGGCGAUGUCUCGCCCCAGUUGCUGCCUUCUCUCCCCUCUGAAUCCCUCCCAUAGUCCGCUCCCCCCGGCGCCCGGCCCCUCCGUCGCUCCCUCCCCGUCGCCGCCCCCGAGUCCGUCGCGGCCAGGCCAAGACGCGGGCUCCCUCCGCCGCCCAAGAGCCCGUCGCGGGGCUCCCUCCACCGCCCACGAGCCCAUCGCAGCCAGGCCGGCCGUGGGGCACCCGGCUGCUCCGUCCUCUCCCCGACUCAUUUUGAAGUACAAUUCUUUAUCCUGCGCUCCUGAAUGUGAUGCCUGCGAAGACUGGUAUCUAAGUCAGAAAUGUUGAAUAGAAGAUUGGCAGAACAUUCAUCUUCCAUUCACCGAACUCUUCCCUUGAUACGACUCAAGGCUAUGUCCUCAUUCUCGGCUGGUCAUGGGCGCCGACCAAAGAAGAAGCUUUAUCACCGUGAGCCUGGCCUCGACAAGGCCAUGGACCUCCAAAAGAAGCCUGCUCUCCUUCUUCGUCUCCGCGAGCUCAUCUUGGCCCAAAAGACAGGUUCGCUGCUGGUACGUGACCUUGAAAAGGAGGUUGGCUUUGUCCAAAAAUGGAACUUUGUGUCGCUUAUUGAGCGCCACCCCAAUAUCUUCCGUGUCUCUGGUGGAAGUACGUCACGAGCGCCCAUUGCUGUCACGCUUACUGAGAAGGCCAAGAUUAUUUCCAGUGAAGAGAUGCAAGCACAAAAGCUAAUGGAGCCAAUCUUGGUAAGGAAUCUCAGGAAGCUGCUAAUGAUGUCAAUGGACUGCCAGAUCCCUUUAGAGAAGAUUGAGCUCAUCCAAUCUGAAUUAGGUUUACCUAAGAACUUCAAGAACAACUUUAUUCCUAAUUACCCUGAUUUUUUUUCAAUCCGUGAUGUGAGAGGAUUGGACCAUCUGUGUUUGGAGAGUUGGGAUUCUUCACUAGCAGUCACAGUGCGAGAAGAAAAAUUGAAUUUUGAUGGCUUUCAGAUGGACUACAGAGGAAUCCCUAAAGAUGGAAAUAUACUGGGCCCUUUUGCUUUCAAGUUAAAGUAUCCAGCAGGAUUUAGGCCCAACCGGAAGUACCUUGAGGAGGUGGUCAGGUGGCAGAAGAUGGCAUUUCCUUCACCUUAUUUGAAUGCUAGGCGAGUGGAGCCUGCAACUCCACAGGCUAGGAAGCGAUCUGUUGCUGUUCUACAUGAGAUUUUGAGCCUGACAACACAGAAGCGACUGACAUCUGAUAAGCUAGAAGUCUUCCACAAUGAGUACAGGCUGCCAUGCAAGCUACUUCUUUGUUUAGUAAAAAAUCAUGGGAUUUUCUACAUCACUAACAAGGGAGCAAGAAGCACCGUCUUCCUCAAGGAGGCCUAUGAUGACACAAACCUUAUUGAGAAGUGUCCUCUGUUGAAGUUCCAUGAUGAGUUUUCAUCUUUAAUUGGCCGACCAUGCUCCGACACAAAUAAGCCAUUGGCAGCACAGUUUGAGUAUUAAUUUACAGUUUGUGUGCGAUCUGAUGUAACUUCCUUAGUUGAUGCUCAGCUCUGGUAUGUAGGGGAUGGUAUGUCUUAGUUUCCUCAGACGAUUAACUCCAGUAAUGUACAUUAUAAUUCCAAAAAAGAAGCUAUAGCAUCAGUUCGCCUUUAUGCUAACAUACUUUAAUGUUGAGUUGCUUCUCUUACUUGGAUGACUUCCUGACCUUUUCUCAGAAGUAAUAGAGUCAGAUAUUCAGUUAUCUGAAACUGUAUUAUUGACUCAA